CUGGGAAAAGGAAUUUUGGGAUUUCUGUGCAGUGCAAGAGGGAGGACAGCAAAGACUGCUUUCUCACAGACAAACAUGCAUCUUGCCUUUUGGCUACUGGGAUUCAUUUUAAUUCUGCAAGACGUCUUCAAAGUAGCAGAAGCAACAGCAGAGAGACAAGCUAAACUGCACCCAAGGCAAGCCAAACUUCUGGAGACAUUGGGGGAAUAUGAAAUUGUGACACCCACAAGAGUCAACGAGUUUGGAGAAGCUUUUCCUAGCAAUAUGCACUUCAAGAGAAAGAAAAGAAGUUUGCCCCCCCAUUCUGGGACUGACCCCUGGGCCUCCUCAAGAACCCACUAUAGACUUUCAGCCUUUGGCCAACGAUUUUUAUUCAACCUAAGUGCCAAUUCUGGGUUUAUUGCCCCAGUUUUUACAGUCACCUUUUUGGGGAAACCCAGUAAGGAUCAAAUUGACAUUUAUAACCAGGAUUCUGACAUUGAACACUGCUUUUACACUGGACAUGUUAAUACCAGAACAGAGAACACUGCAGUCAUCAGCCUUUGUUCAGGCAUGUUUGGCACAUUUAAGUCUCAGGAUGGCGACUAUUUUGUGGAGCCUCUACUGUCAGUUGAUGGAAGCGAUUAUGAAGAAGAUCACAAUAAGCCUCAUGUUGUAUACAAACACAGCGCACCUCAGAAAAACAAACAAAGCGGAAAUCAGACAUGUGACACCAAAGGACAAAAAAACUACCGGGUCAAACACAAGAAUAGAGGAACUCAACAGUUACAAAACAGCUUGCCUUCAGAUGUAGAUAUCUUAAGAAAGGGACUUUUAGGAAGCCAGGCUCCCUCUUAUAAUAACAAAACUGAUAACAUCAAUGAAACAGAAUCCCACCAAAGAACAAAACGCUUUUUGUCCUACCCGCGGUAUGUAGAAGUGAUGGUGGUCGCUGAUAGCAGGAUGGUGCAAUAUCACGGAGCAAAUCUACAGCAUUAUGUUUUAACACUAAUGUCCAUAGUUGCGUCUAUUUAUAAGGAUCCAAGCAUCGGAAACCUAAUUAAUAUUGUUAUUGUGAAACUAGCCGUAAUCCACAAUGAGCAGGAAGGUCCUUCCAUCUCAGCCAAUGCCCAAAACACUUUAAAGAAUUUCUGUAUUUGGCAGCAGUCACAGAAUUCCCCUGAUGACAAUCACCACUCACAUCACGAUACUGCGGUGCUAAUAACCAGACAAGAUAUAUGUAGAGCCCAAGAAAAAUGUGAUACAUUAGGAUUGGCUGAGCUUGGUACUGUGUGCGAUCCGUAUCGAAGUUGUUCAAUAAGUGAAGACAAUGGGCUGAGUACGGCUUUCACCAUAGCACAUGAGCUUGGACAUGUAUUCAACAUGCCUCACGAUGGCAGCAAUAAAUGCAGAGAGGACGGAAUCAAAAAUCAGCACAAUGUUAUGGCACCAACUCUAAAUUUUGACACCAAUCCUUGGAUGUGGUCAAAAUGCAGUCAGAAGUACAUCACACAGUUUUUAGAUACUGGAUAUGGAGAAUGUUUGCUUGACGAGCCAGUAUCAAGGACAUACUCUUUGCCCCAGCAACUUCCUGGUGUUAUGUAUAAUGUCAAUAAGCAAUGUGAGUUUAUAUUUGGGCCGGGAUCGCAGGUGUGCCCGUAUAUGCAAAUGCAAUGCCGGCGACUUUGGUGUAUCAAUAUGGAGGGACCGCACAAGAGCUGUCGCACUCAACAUACACCAUGGGCAGACGGCACUGAAUGUGAGCCCGGAAAGCACUGUAAGUAUGGCGUGUGUAUUCCCAAAGAACGCAAUAUGGCAGUAACUGAUGGUUCAUGGGGUUCCUGGAGUCCAUUCGGCCCAUGUUCUAGAUCUUGUGGCGGGGGCAUAAAAACUUCCAUGAGGGAAUGCAACAAACCAGAACCAAAAAAUGGUGGUAAAUACUGCGUUGGGCGUCGAAUGAAAUUUAAAUCAUGUAAUACUGAGCCAUGUCCAAAACAAAAGAAAGACUUUAGAGAAGAACAAUGUGCUGAGUUUGAUGGGAAACAUUUUAAUAUUAACGGACUACCUCCGAAUGUGCGUUGGGUACCUAAAUAUAGUGGAAUUUUAAUGAAGGAUCGCUGUAAGUUAUUUUGUCGAGUUGCAGGAAGCACUGCCUAUUACCAGCUCAGGGACCGGGUACUUGACGGAACAUCCUGUGGGCCAGACACAAAUGAUAUCUGUGUGCAAGGACUGUGUCGGCAAGCAGGGUGUGACCAUGUCCUAAAUUCCAAAGCCAGAAGAGAUAAGUGUGGAAUCUGUGGUGGAGACAAUUCAUCCUGCAAAACCAUCGCUGACACUUAUAACUUAGUACAUUAUGGCUACAAUACCGUUGUUCGGAUUCCAGCCGGGGCCACUAAUAUUGAUGUGCGUCAGCACAGCUACUCAGGGAAACCAGAAGAUGAUAAUUAUCUUGCUUUGUCAAACAGUCGCGGCGAGUUCCUUCUAAACGGCGAUUAUAUUGUCAAUAUGUUCAAAAGGGAAAUCAGAGUUGGAAACGCAAUCAUUGAAUACAGUGGGUCAUCCCACGCUAUCGAAAGAAUUAAUUGUACAGAUCGGAUCGAUCAAGAACUUGUAAUUCAGAUUUUAUCAGUUGGUAACUUAUAUAACCCUGAUGUACGAUACACAUUUAAUAUUCCAAUUGAAGACAAACCUCAACAGUACUACUGGAAUCCCUAUGGACCCUUCCAGCCAUGCAGUAAACUUUGCCAAGGGGAAAGAAAGAAAAAACCUGUAUGUACUCGGGACUCUGACCAGUUGGUUGUCUCUGACCAAAGAUGUGAUAGAAUUCCUCAACCUGAGCCAAUAACUGAGCCAUGUAACACGGAGUGCGAGCUAAGGUGGCAUAUCGCUAGAAAGAGCGAAUGUACUGCCCAGUGUGGACUCGGGUACCGCACCUUAGACAUCUACUGUACCAAAUAUCUAAGGUCCGAAGGAAAAACUGAGAAAGUGGAUGACAGAUUCUGCUCUGGACUACAAAAGCCAAACAAUAAAGAAAAAUGCGUGGGGGACUGUAAUACAGGUGGCUGGCGAUACUCUGCGUGGUCGGAGUGUUCUAAAAGCUGUGGCACUGGUACCAGAAGCCGAAGAGCGAUUUGUGUAAAUUCUCUGCAUGACGUCUUGGACGACAGCAAAUGUAGCCAGCAUGAAAAGUUAACGGAACAGAAAUGCAGUGAUUUCCUGUGUCCCCAAUGGAAGACAGGUGAUUGGUCAGAUUGCCUUGUUACUUGUGGAAAGGGACACAAGCAUCGACAGACAUGGUGUCAGUUUGGAGAGGAGCGAUUAAGUGACAGGUUUUGUGAUGCAGAGACCAAACCUGUAUCAGUACAGACAUGUCAGCAGCAGGAGUGUGCAUCGUGGGAAGUUGGUGCUUGGGGGCAGUGUACGACACCAUGUGGAGCGGGCUAUCAAAUGCGAGCGGUAAAAUGCGUCGUAGGCACUUACAGGGCAGUGGUUGAUGACAGUGAAUGCAAUGCAGCAACUCGACCAACAGAUACCCAGGACUGUGAAACAGCUGCUUGCCCGGGUAUUAUUGAAACAAAACAAAUUGUGCACAGCAGGACCCAGUGGAGAUUUGGAUCUUGGACAACUUGCUCAGCAACUUGUGGUAAAGGAACAAGGAUGAGAUAUGUCAGCUGCCGUGACGAGCAAGGCUCGGUGGCUGAUGAGUCUGCCUGUUCUCACCUUCCAAAGCCAUCAGCAACUGAAAUGUGCACUGUCAGGCCUUGCGGACAAUGGAAAGCUCUUGAGUGGAGUAUUUGUUCGGUGACGUGCGGACAAGGAAAGGCUAUGCGGCAAGUUGUUUGCAUGGAUUUCCAUGGUCAGGCACUUGACCGAAAUGAAUGUGAUCCUGAAGACAUUCCUACAACUGACCAAGAAUGCUCAAUGUCCCCAUGUCAUUAUGUAAACCAUGAUUACAGCAAGCCCCUUCAUCCAUUCCAAAACCUGGACCCAAGAAUACGAUCCAAUCCUACCCCUGUAAUUUUAAACAGGAACAAUGGUCCUUCACAAGGUGGAAACCAAUGGAGAUCUGGACCUUGGGGAGCAUGUUCUAGCACGUGUGCUGGAGGAUUUCAACGGCGUGUUGUUGUGUGCCAGGAUCAAAAUGGUUUUCCAGCUGGUAAUUGUGAAGAGAGAAGUAAACCUAUGGAACAGCAAUCCUGUGAAUCUGGGCCAUGUCCUCAAUGGGCCUUUGGUCAGUGGGGAGAAUGUUCUAAAAAAUGUGGUGCUGGGAUCAGGACUAGACUAGUAGUCUGUCAGAGGCCAAAUGGAGAAAGAUUUAAUGAUCUGAGCUGUGAAGUACUUGAAAAACCUCCGGAUCGUGAACAGUGCAAUGUACAUAGCUGUCCUCCAGAUUCUGGAUGGAACUCUGGUCCUUGGAGCUCGUGUUCUGUCUCUUGCGGACGUGGUGUUAAAACAAGAGAAGUGUAUUGCUCAAUGAAGGAUGGAACUAAAAUUGAUCAAGAGUAUUGUAAACAUCUUGCCAAGCCAAACAUACAGAAGAAAUGUCGAGGGGGGAGGUGCCCCAAGUGGAAAAGUGGCGAGUGGGGGAAGUGCUCAGUUACAUGUGGAAGAGGAACUCAACAGAGAAAUGUCUACUGCCAAAUUGGUACUCACAAGACAUCCAGAGAAUCAGUGUGUAAUCUUUCCAGGAGACCUGCAUCCGAGCAGCCCUGCCAAACAACAGAUUGUCCAGUUUACACUUGGAAAGCAGAAGAAUGGCAAGACUGUAGCAAAAGUUGUGAUGGUGGGUUCAGAUAUCGAAAAGUGGUUUGCCUAACUUAUGAGAAAAAAGAAGUGCCGAGCUUUCAUUGCAAUGAACAUAAAAGACCAUCAGAUGUGGAGAACUGCAAUUUACACUCAUGUGAAUAUAUCUGGAUAACAGGAGAGUGGUCAGAGUGCUCCGUCACCUGUGGUAAAGGCUACAAGCAGAGACUAGUAACCUGCAGUGAAGUCUACUCAGCAAAGGACCAUUAUGAGUAUGGAUUCCAGGCUGCAGCAAACUGUCCAGGAACUCAGCCGCUCAAUGUCCAGAGCUGCUACCUGGGAGAAUGUCCUGUGUCGUCUUCUUGGAGAGUUGGAAACUGGGGCAAAUGCUCCGUUACCUGUGGAACAGGAUUUAUGCAACGUUCUGUGCAGUGUUUAACCAACGAUGACAUGCCAAGCAGCUUCUGCCCAAUGGGCAUGAAGCCUGAUGAGAGAAGACCUUGUUAUAAUCCGCAUGACUGUGACUUACCAAGGAGUUGCCAAGAUGCGAAAAGGCUAAAGGGUAUCAGCGAAGAUGGAGAACAACAUAUUAUGAUUGAAGAUAAAAUAUUAAAGGUUUUUUGCUCUGGAAUGAAAUCCGAACACCCGCAGGAAUAUGUGACUCUGAUGGAUGAAGCUGAGAAUUUUUCUGAAGUAUUUGGAUACAGAUUACAGAAUCCUACUGAAUGCCCUUACAAUGGAAGCAGAAGGGAAGACUGCCAGUGUAGGAAAGAUUAUACGGCAGCUGGGUUAUCUACAUUCAGUAAAGUGAGGCUGGAUCUGGAGACUUUGCAACUUAUAACCACUGAUUUGCAGUUUGCACACACACACGAUGGACGACCCGUACCCUUUGCCACAGCUGGGGACUGUUACAGUGCAGCCAAGUGCCCACAGGGUCAGUUUAGCAUAAAUCUAAUGGGUACUGGUCUCUCAGUCUCUGAAGCAACAAAAUGGAUAUCACAAGGGAACUAUGCUGUGACUGAAAUAAUAAAAUCACAAGAUGGAACCAAAGUUAUCGGAAAAUGUGGUGGCUACUGUGGAAAAUGUAUCCCAUCUUCUGCAACUGGCUUCAGUGUUCGACUUUUAUAGAACUGGUGCUUUUAACAAAAAGAUCAAAAGAUCACAUGGAUGAAGAACAGUGUUGCAAUACCUCUACCUUCAACAUUUGUACAUGUGUACAUAAUACCAAAUGUUGUAUAAUAUAAUAUUUAUGGUUGUAAUUAUUUAUUUUUUGCUUAAUAUUUCUGUGCGUAAAAUGUGUCUAUGGUGCCCUCCUGUUGAAUUUGUUUUAAUUUUUUUUUUUUUGUUUGUGUAUUACAUUGCUGGAACGUUCUCCAGCAAAGUGCCAUUGGCUGCUUUUCAUGUUUUUAAACGCUACAGUCCGUCCACUGCCUUUUACAUGCCAUACAUCCUAUGUAGCAUGUUGACACGAGUGAUACUUCGUUAUCAAGUGUUUUGUUUUGUUUACUGUUAACCAAUCAUGUAUACAAUUGUAACUAGCUGAUUAGCUUGGUUUGGUGCUAUGCUAGUUGUUGUAUCCGAAAAUGUUUGGCAUUUCUACAAAAUGUGAAAUUAUUGAAUUGUUGAUAAUUCUACAUUUGGUUGGUGUUGACCAUUAACAAGUGUACAGGAGAGACUCAUGCUCAUAAAUACUUUUAUAUAUUGUUUUGGGGUCCAGAUACUAGUGAAUGAAUUGCAAAAUUUACUCUUAACUCAAUAUUUUAACCUACAUUUUGCAAUUCAGUUACCAACUCCCCACAACUGUAUAGUAAAUAAAAUUCAAAGUUAUUUUGAAUGGGAGGGUGAUUCUAAUGAGAACUUUGACAAUAUCUUAACACAGGCCCUCAGUGACAAUGAAGGCUUCCAUGCGGUCCCAUGUGUGUGUUGUAUUAGUUUUAAAAUAAAGGGGGAAUUUAUUGAUACCUGCCAUGUCUAUUCUACUGAAUUAUCCUUAAUGAAAGCUCUACAUCAACAGGUAUAAGUGAAAAUAAGAAAUCCAUCCUUUUUCUUUUGUAACAAAUGGCCACUGUCUAAAAUCCGUCCACUUAGACAUUUUUGUCUACCAAAACAGACAUUUUAAGGAACCACAGUUUCUAGCUACAUAAAUCAAGUUCCCAAAGGAGCCAUUAUGUAUGUCAUUGUGCUGGGGUCCGAGCUUACAUUUUAUAUUUAUUUUAACAGCCGUUAUGCUUAUUCAAAUGCAAAGAAAGCACU